AUGUCUCGAGAUUCACGGCGAGGGUCGCUGCAGCCGCCUUCGCUCUACCAAAUGCAUGCCACGGCAUCACGCUCCGACACGCUUACCACCUUCGACGACUUCACUGUACCUCCAGCUCCGAGCUCGGUCGGCGAGCCCAAAGGGAUAGAUCUGGUACAAGGCGGCUUCAGCGGGCUGUAUAGUCGCCUACGAGCGUCAGUAGGAGGCGUCAGAGAACAAUCACAAGAUGGCAAGAGUGGAUCUUCAUCAGCAUCCAAGCCUGCGGCACUCAACCGUAGCCCCGCAGGGACUUCCAUGUCUUCGCCUGUAGUCACGUCUAGACCGUCCUCGAGCAUGCAAUCACCAGCAACGGCCACCUUUCCCGACGCCCUGCCUCCCUCUCGCGAUUCCAACAUUUCUAGUACUACACUCUCAAGCAAGGCUUCGCUAAACGCAUCCAAGGCUUCCUUAGGUACUACGCGAUCUCGACCCUCAAUUACCCCGAGCGUUGACACUGGGCAUGUAGCCAAACAUGACGACUCCUCCAUCUUGAGCCCCGUGAGCACUCACUCCAGGCACCAGAGCAUCUCCAAUGCAGACCUGCCGAGGAGCAACACACCGAGAGACCCUGCACUAGGAAGCCAAAGGCUGAAUUCCCCACAUUUCCCCCCGAGCCGAGACAGCACUGCCCGAAAACGAAAGGGCGACUUUGACCUUGUCGGUCAGGAAAGUGACGAUACAGAUGAAGACGACAUGGUACUUGUGAAAGGCGAAGGCCAAGUAGGUGACAGCGCCAACUUCAAGGCUGCAUCAGACACACCGCGCGAAAGUCUGAGCAGGGUCAGCUCCCGAGCCGACAGCCAGUAUCAACCAACCCGUUCUGCACCUAACAAGGCGAGGGAACAGCCUGAAAAGUCCCCAGAAAGGAUUACACUUAGUCGCGCCGCUGAUUCCCAGGCUACUAUACACGCACCUGAGCCACAGCGGCCUCCUAUGCUCCACGUCGGUCCUUCGCACCUCCCAGGCUACCGGCCUUCGAGGGCCUCUUCUUCCGACGGUCUGAGCUCCGUCGUCACAACUUCCACCAUACGCACUCCCGCUGUAGCUCCCAUUGAGGAGCUCCAGCGACAAGCACAAGCUGCCCCUGCUGUACACAACAUGUCAAGAAGCACUUUCACUCAAAUGCGAAGAAAGAUUUUAGACCGCGAAUUCUGGAUGCGAGAUGAGAAUGCCAAAGCCUGUUUCAGCUGUGGUGAUGCCUUUACUACCUUCAGACGUAAGCACCACUGUCGUACGUGCGGGCAAAUCUUUGAUUCCAAGUGCACUUCCAUCGUGUCAGGCAAGAUAUUUGGACAACAAAGCAAUUUGAAGGUCUGCAAACCAUGUGAGGGUAUCAUAUACGGCCACGACGAUGAUUCUUCCGACUACACAGAUGAAGGUGACCAAGCUUCCAUAUACGACAACGGCGACAGAGCCCAGUACUCGGACGAUGACGAGGCUGAUCACGUUGAGAGUGAUCACACGAAGAUCGGAACACCUACCAUCAGCAUUCCCAUGUCUCGGAAGGUAGGCAGUGAAAAGAAACGCCGGUCACAUGUCAUAGAGGUCGGUCCUCAGACUUUGGCCCGUCCAAGUUCUUCACGAUCAUUGCGGUCGAUAGCCGGGCGACCUCGGUCGUCGAGCCACAAACGCCACGCUUCCAAACACCAACACAUGCGCCAUGUCAAGCAUGACGAUCGCGCACCCUUCCAUCAGUAUCACGACAACUCGCGUGGUCAACCGAGUUUGUCGGCUUUUCACCACGAUAACAUAAUUGAUCCUGAUCUUGCGCCCUUCAUGUCAGACGAGGGCUCGAGCGAAGAAGAUCAUGCCAGUAUUUUCGCGACCCUAAGGGAAGAUCCCGCAGCUGGCGCAAAUUUGGACAGCGAGAGAGGUGGCUUGGGUGGUUUGUUGGCUGCGAUGAGAAAGGGCAAGUCAAGAGCUGGUGACAGGGGUGUCAUAGGCACGAGCCAUGCUCGAGAUGCAGAUAACAUUAGUAUCACGAGCCGCAACGGAAAUCGUCCGUCUCGACGAAGAAACCUGAGCGUAAGCAGUAUAACUCACCGAGCCUCCCCGAGGCGGUCCAAGAGCAACACUCUGUUGAGGCCGUAUACCGGCUACGGUGCUAGCGGACCAGGAACACCGCAACUUCAGCCAUCUCCUUCGCCAACACCACCAGGGGGAAGAAUCACCCGCAGCGCUUCAAUGCAAGGCAUGACACCCAAGGUCGAGCUCAACAAAGCCAGCCUGGAUCAUGCGCGAAAGCUGCUGAUUCAGAUGCUCAAUGAUGCUGGUGUCCCACACGCGUCAAGUUGGGAGAAGGCCUUGAUCCCAAUCUUGCGCCAAUGUACAGACGAUGUCAAUCCUGACGUAGAUAGAGGCGACGACAUCGAUGUGAGGAAUUAUAUCAAACUCAAGAAGAUUCCAGGUGGGAAACCAAAAGAUACAGCGUACGUAUCUGGGGUGGUCUUUACGAAGAACGUCGCCCUGCGGAGCAUGCCACGCAAUAUACCUAAUCCGAGGAUUGCAAUCAUUACUUUUGCCAUCGAGUAUGCGCGACACCAAGCACACUUUAUGAGUCUUGAACCUGUCAUUGCGCAGGAGCGCGAGUAUCUCCGUAAUCUUGUCAGUCGUAUCGCAGCUCUCGAACCUCAUGUCUUGCUUGUACAGCGCAACGUGUCUGGCUUGGCACUCGAAUUCCUGGAGAAGGAGGGAAUUGCUGUGGUCUACAACGUCAAGCCCACAGUCCUCAAUGCAGUUGCGCGAUGCACCAACUCGAAAAUGAUUUCCUCAGUUGACAAGUUGGCGAUAGACCCAUCUCACCUGGGAUCCUGCGGCAGCUUUGACGUCAAAACGUAUGUGCACAGGAAUGCAAGAAAGACUUACAUCUUUCUCUCUGGAUGUCAGAAAGAACUCGGUUGCACGAUCGUUCUGCGAGGCGCCGAAAGCCAUGAUUUGGUCAGACUGAAACGUGUUACUGAAUUCAUGACAUAUGUUGUGUACAACCUCAGACUCGAAACUUGCCUAAUGCGGGACGAGUUCAUAGAUACACCAACGGCUUCUAUCACUGGAACCCUUGCCUCGAACCGUCACGAUCAGGAAAGCUCACUAUCCCAAACCGGUACAGGGGACUCCGUUUCUCAACCUACUAGCGCGUUGUCCAAUGGCAAUGACCCACAGUCUAAUGAUGCUGCGCCUUCUUAUUACAGCGACAUGGUCGAAAACCAUCGCACCAAGAUCCUUUCUUCUUCGCCUUUUGUCAAGUUCAUGCAACCUUACUUGCUUGAACAGGCUCGCCAAUACGAAGCAAAGCUCGGCCAUCUAAAGAAACUCAAGAAUCAGUAUACUGCCCAUGAGGAUGACGAGAAACCUGGAGAAAUUGGUCAAAAGUUCGAACUCGUGCAACCUGAGAUGGUUCAUACUGUCGUAGAAAAGGCUUCAAAGCAGGUUCGAGAGUUCCUGUCUGCAGUGCAUGCAUCGGAGUACGACAAAGCAAUGCAUCAGUAUCUGACACAAAAGCGGCAAUGGGAACAGUAUCUGUCGGGUAACACUGAUCUUUAUGACCCUUUCAACCACCAGAAGAUCGCUGUUCUAUACAGUGUUGUCAAUACUACAACAUCAACACCAUGCAUUGGCCCGGAGAUCAUCGCGCUUGGCUUCUACCAAGAGCACGACUAUGACGAUGGCUUCACACCGGACUGCACUCUCGGACAAUAUGUAGAAGAUCUGUGCACUUCAGCCAGCGUUGCGUGCGAGGUAGGCAAUUGCGACCGAAGAAUGCUCGAUCAUUCCCGGCAAUACGUGCACGGAGAAGGUCAAAUGACGGUUAUCGUGCAGAAGCAUCCGCCAAAAUUGAAGGGCAUGUACCAGACCAUUCUCAUGUGGAGUUGUUGCAGAAUAUGCGGCCAGGAGACGCAGGCAUUCCCAAUGUCCGAGUGGAGUUGGAGAUACUCCUUCGCCAAGUAUCUCGAGUUAACUUUCUGGAGUACCAAACUGCAUCCACGAGCAGGCAUAUGUCCCCAUGACAUCCACAAGGAACACGUUCGCUACUUUGGUUAUAACAAUGUUGCUCUUCGUAUCCAGUAUGAUCCCGUACCAAUGUACGAGGUUAUUGCUCCCAAACCGAACGUGACCUGGAAAGUGGACAGCGAUCUCAGAUUGAAGAACAGCCAAUACAUGAUGAUUGAAGAGAAGCUGGACUGCUUUAUGGACUCGCUUCGCGGUCGCAUCCAGGGGAUACACGUUGAAGAUGUCAUACCGGAGAAGGUAGAUGUGUGUCGAAAGGAAGUUGAGAUACUUUUGAAACGCGCAAACGAAGAACAUGAGUGGUUGAAGGCGAAACUCCAAGACAAGUACAUGAACUCCAAGUACUACGAAAUUAUCCCCAUGAACCGCGCUAUCCGCGCGAUUCAGGAGAAGGCUAUUGCCUGGGAUGUAACAUUUUUGGAAUUUGAGCAGCAAUUCUUCCCAUCCGAGCGAGACAUUAGGAGGUACGCGAAUAUGCAACUUAAGAGAUUUUUGGAGCGCGACGAGUCCACAAGUUCAUUGGCAUCUGUCGAUGAGGGCACAGAAUCGGGUGCUGAUGAUUCAUACAUCGACGAGAAAGACGAGCCGAUUGCCCUGUCGCCUAGGCCCUCCAACAUGUCGCCUGAGAUGGCUCGCGAUAUGUUGAGUUCCGUUGUCAAAGAAGAGAGCGCAGCUAGCGAUCAGUCUGUAGAUGGUGGGGAGCAGACAUCUGAGCCCAGGACGCCCACUCCUCCCAAACCUAACUUAGACUUAACAAUUCAAACACCGCGCGAGGCAUUAGAGCGCGAGGACGUCCGUCAUCUGGAUCUGGCAGUGCCUUCCAACUACCCGGAUACCCCUACAGUCGCCAACGAUGAACUGACCAAGACUCCCACUGUUGCUUCCGAUCCAACCAAGUUCGACGAGGGGUCGCCCACACCUACUAGUCUCCCAAAGGUGAAUCCUAUCGAUAAAUCGCUUGCGGAAGCGAUCGAAAAUAUGCCAAGUAGUCCAUCUCCGUUGCCUUCAGCUUCGAAUCCGACAGCAGAAAGCAAGAUCCCGCGACUGGUUGAAACCAGUCGACGUGAGGCAGUGGCCAGGCCAACCUCACUCGUCAGGACACAGUCCCAGCCAGGAAAUAUCGCGAAGCACCUAGGUCCUUUCCCAGGCUCGACAGCGGUCAACAGUGGACCUACCAGCCCGAAACCGAACGCAAACGACUCUUCGAAAGCCUUUGAACGUAUGACUGAACGACUUGGGCUUGGAUUGACCACUCCGAAACAAUCCAAAUCCUCAUCCCGGAUACCUCGCUCGAUUCCCUACAAGAGUCAAAAUAAGGUAUCGAAGAUUGCACAGCAUUUCGAACAGCUAUCACGAGAGUUCCAGAAUCAGCGUAUGCGUGAGCGACGAAACGAUCGAGCUAGGCAAGUGCGUGCAUUCCCUCUCGCCUCCUCCAAACCGGUUGUCGAGGUGUACAAGAACGUCCAUGACGCUGUACAAGAGAAUGAGGAUUCUGACGAAGAUUUGCGUACUCCAACUCCUUCUCGGGCAAGUCUAGACAAUAGCACACUUGGUGACAGUAUCCUCACUGAGCGUACGGACGACACUACAACGGCAUCCCAAUCGCCGAUCGAAGAGCGACAUCCACAAGAUACAAUGGCCCAACUCCCCAGCAGCGAUGAAUCGCCCAAGUCUCCAAGUCAGUUCCCGUCAGAUACAGAGAACGACAUCAGUGAUACAGAGAUCACUCCCGAAGAUAUACCUCUACCAGAAAGCCUAUCAGGUUCCAAACUUCUGGAUUUGAGUGAUUCACAGCUGGAAAACUCACUUGAGCUGCCCAAACACGAGAAGAACACACUGCUCAAGAUUCUUACCAGCUUCUGGUCCGAACGCUCAGCGAGUGGGUGGACACCACUUGAGUAUCCUUUCUCGCAGAUUGAACACGUUUGGGAGAACUCCGAUAUCAUUAUCCGAGAAGACGAACCUAGCUCCAUCAUCGCAUUGGCACUGUCGUGUCCCGAUUACGUUGCCAAGCGGCAAGGCUUCCGCGAUGACCACCCAGCAGGCGAUGGUGUUAUGGAGUCGUUUGAAGAAUCAGUUGAACGCAACCUCUUGCAUGAAGAAAACCACAACAUCCGCUAUAGUUUCACGAACCGCGGGGUCAAGGCACAUUGCAAGAUCUUCUACGCUCAGUCCUUUGAUGCGCUGCGCCGCAAAUGCGGUGUGGCAGAACGCUUUGUUGAGUCCCUAUCUCGUUGUUCGAAGUGGGACUCCAAGGGCGGGAAGUCCAAAUCCAUCUUCCUGAAGACGCUCGAUGACCGCUUCGUUCUCAAAUCGCUCUCCCCAGUGGAGGUACAAGCAUUCUUCAAGUUCGGCCCCAACUACUUUGCCUUCACACACCAAAACCUUUUCAAGUCACUACCCAGCGUCAUCGCCAAGAUGUUCGGUCUCUUCCAAGUCCAGAUCAAGACACCCACGGGUCGAGACUUUGACUGGUACAUGCUCGUUAUGGAGAACUUGUUCUAUGACCGCGAACCUAAUCGCCGCUAUGACUUGAAGGGCAGCAUGCGUAACCGCAAAAUUCAAGCUACAGGCGAACGCGAUGAAGUUCUUCUUGACGAGAACCUCGUCGACAUUAUCUAUUCCGAAACACCUAUCUUCGUCCGUGAACACACGAAGAAACUGCUCAAAGCCAGCGUCUUCAACGACACACUCUUCCUGUCCCAAAACAAUGUCAUGGACUAUUCUCUCAUGGCGGGCUUUGACGACACCCAACGCGAGAUCAUCGUGGGCAUUAUCGAUUGCAUCCGUACUUAUACAUGGGACAAGAAACUAGAGAGUUGGAUCAAGGACCGUGGCAAGAACAAGCCGACUAUCACGUCGCCACGUGAUUACCGAAACAGAUUCAGAAUUGCGAUGGAGAAGUAUAUCCUUCAGGCGCCUAAUUGCUGGCAUCAGUUUAGUGGCAGACUUGUUGGUCAGAGUGUUGAUGGAAGGAGGGCGUUGGUUGAGGGAAGGAGUAGCAUGGAGGCUGGACAUAAGAGGGGUGUUAGUGGUAGUAGCACGGCGGAAUCGAGUAUCGUGAGGGAUAUGGGACGCACAUUGGCUUUCAGCGGUGAAGGUCGUAAUGCUCGGAGAGCUUAA